AGGGUGUCCUUGCGCACUUGUAACCGAAAGUGAAUUUCUUUAACUUGAAUUGUUUUGUUUUCUUUUGCUUUGUUUUUGUUUUGUUUUGUGUAUUAAAGGAGAGCUGCAACAUAAAAAUUUGCUUUAAAUUUUAGGGAGAGUUGGGGUUUUUUUUGUUUUGUUUUGGGUUUUUUUGCAUUUCAAGAUCUUUGUACGUGAAGAAAAGGGAGAAGUGCGCGGAGGAAUUCUGAAAGCGGUAACGAGGCUGCGGUAGUCAAAAUGGCGGCGUUAGAAAAUUUUAAGCAACGUCGUUAGAGGAUGUUACCAUUUUUUCAAUCAAUUAAAGCAAAACAAAAUCUGGAGUUACGCAAGGUCUCUUUGAAGUGACCAUGGAGACAGGGCCAGAGGAUUUUGUACCCCCACCAGAGUGUCCCGUAUUCGAGCCGAGCUGGGCCGAGUUCCAGGACCCGCUGGGUUACAUCUCCAAGAUCCGGCCCAUCGCCGAGAAGUCGGGUAUCUGCAAGAUCCGGCCGCCAGCGGACUGGCAGCCACCCUUUGCUGUGGAAGUCGACAAUUUCAGAUUCACACCGAGAAUCCAGAGACUAAAUGAAUUAGAGGCCCAGACUAGAGUGAAGCUCAACUACUUAGACCAGAUCGCCAAGUUUUGGGAGAUACAGGGGUCUUCACUGAAGAUCCCAAAUGUGGAGCGGCGCAUUCUGGAUCUCUACAGCCUUAGCAAAAUUGUGGUGGAAGAGGGAGGCUAUGAGGCCAUCAGCAAAGACCGUCGUUGGGCUCGUGUGGCCCAACGCCUGAACUACCCAGCUGGCAAAAAUAUUGGUUCCUUGUUGCGCUCUCAUUAUGAGCGAAUCAUCUACCCCUAUGAGAUGUACCAGUCUGGAGCCAACCUGGUGCAGUGUAAUACUCGUCCAUUUGAUAGUGAAAAGGACAAGGAAUACAAACCCCAUAGCAUCCCUCUGCGUCAGUCUGUACAGCCCUCUAAAAUCAACACUUAUGGUCGACGUGCUAAAAGGCUGCAGCCUGAUCCAGAACCUACUGAGGAAGAUAUUGAGAAAAAUCCAGAACUGAAGAAAUUGCAGAUUUAUGGAGCUGGCCCCAAGAUGAUGGGCCUUGGACUCAUGGCCAAAGAAAAAAAUCUUAGAAAAAAGGUCUCAGCUUCUCAGGAUAAAGAUGGACCUGAAUGUCCUCCCACAGUGGUGGUGAAAGAGGAAACGGGCAUAGAUCUGAAGGUAGAUGCAUCCUUCCCUAAAACUUUAAUGGAUGGAAAGGAGGAACUCUUUCACAGCCUGGAGCCUUGUACCAAAAUGACAAUGCGCCUUCGGAGGAACCACAGUAAUGCCCAGUUUAUUGACUCUUAUGUAUGCCGGAUAUGUGCCCGGGGGGAUGAAGAUGAUAAGCUCCUGCUGUGUGAUGGCUGUGAUGACAAUUACCACAUUUUCUGCCUACUACCGCCUCUGCCUGAGAUCCCCAAAGGUGUCUGGCGUUGUCCAAAAUGUGUCAUGGCGGAGUGUAAAAGACCCCCAGAAGCAUUUGGCUUUGAACAGGCCACAAGAGAAUAUACACUUCAAAGCUUUGGUGAAAUGGCUGACACAUUCAAGUCUGAUUACUUCAACAUGCCUGUACAUAUGGUACCCACAGAGUUAGUAGAGAGAGAGUUCUGGCGGCUUGUGAACAGCAUUGAAGAGGAUGUAACUGUGGAGUAUGGGGCUGAUAUCCAUUCCAAGGAGUUUGGCAGUGGUUUCCCCAUUAAUGAUAGCAAGAAGCAUUUGUCCGAUGAGGAAGAGGAGUAUGCAGCCAGUGGCUGGAACCUGAAUGUAAUGCCUGUUCUGGAGCAGUCAGUCCUAUGCCACAUCAAUGCUGACAUUUCAGGCAUGAAGGUUCCCUGGCUAUACGUGGGCAUGGUCUUUUCUGCUUUUUGCUGGCACAUUGAAGACCAUUGGAGCUACUCUAUUAAUUAUCUUCAUUGGGGUGAACCAAAGACAUGGUAUGGAGUACCCUCAUUUGCAGCUGAACACUUGGAGGAAGUGAUGAAGAAAUUGACUCCUGAGCUAUUUGACAGUCAACCUGAUCUCCUUCAUCAGUUGGUCACUCUUAUGAAUCCCAAUACCCUCAUGUCACAUGGAGUUCCGGUUGUCCGAACAAACCAGUGUGCAGGAGAAUUUGUCAUUACCUUUCCCCGUGCUUACCAUAGUGGCUUCAACCAGGGUUACAACUUUGCUGAAGCUGUGAAUUUUUGCACUGCUGAUUGGCUGCCUGCUGGACGCCAGUGCAUCGAACACUACAGACGACUACGGCGUUACUGUGUCUUCUCCCACGAAGAGCUCAUUUGCAAGAUGGCUACUUCUCCUGAGAAACUGGACUUGAAUUUGGCAGCAGCAGUACAUAAAGAGAUGUUUAUUAUGGUGCAAGAAGAGCGGCAACUACGAAAGGCCCUACUUGAGAAGGGCAUCACAGAGGCAGAGCGUGAAGCCUUUGAGCUACUCCCAGAUGAUGAGCGCCAGUGUGCCAAAUGUAAAACAACAUGUUUUCUAUCAGCAUUGGCUUGUUAUGACUGUCCCGAUGGGCUCGUCUGCCUCUCCCACAUUGAUGACCUUUGCAAGUGCCCCCGUAGCAAACAGUAUUUACGAUACCGAUAUACCCUGGAUGAACUUCCUGCCAUGUUACACAAACUGAAAAUUCGGGCUGAAUCCUUUGAUACUUGGGCUGGCAAGGUUCGAGUAGCUUUAGACCUGGAGGAUGGGCGGAAGCGCAGUCUGGAAGAGCUAAGAGCAUUGGAGUCAGAGGCUCGAGAGCGUCACUUUCCCCACAGUGAGCUUUUGCAACGGCUGAAGAAUUGUCUGAGUCAAGCUGAGAAAUGCAUUUCCCAAGCCUUGGGGUUGGUCAGCAUUCAGGAACACAGGGUAGACUCACCUCAGCUAACCCUAGAAGAGUUGCAGGCCUUCAUUGAACAGAUGAGUAGCCUUCCUUGUGCCAUGCAUCAGAUUGGAGAUGUCAAAGGUGUCUUAGAACAGGUAGAGGCCUUCCAGGUGGAGGCACAAAAAGCUCUUGCAACAUUGCCUGCCAGCUUGCCCCUCCUUCCAAACCUACUGGAGAGGGCUGAACAGCUGGGGAUUGAGGUGCCUGAGGCCAAGCAGCUGAGGCGACAAAUGCAGCAGUGCUACUGGCUGGAUGAGGUGAGGCGAACUCUAGUGCCUCCUGCUCAACGGGGCACCCUAGCAGUUAUGAGGAGACUUUUGGCUUUGGGAGCCAAUGUAGCACCCAGCCCUGCUGUAGAUAAUGCUCGGGCUGAACUUCAGGAGCUACUCACCAUUGCCGAACGCUGGGAAGAAAAGGCCCAUCUCUGUUUGGAAGCCAGGCAAAAGCAUCCUCCUGCCAUGUUGGAAGCCAUCAUUCAUGAGGCAGAGAAUAUUCCUGUCCACCUUCCCAACAUCCUGGCACUGAAAGAUGCUCUUGCCAAGGCCCGAGCAUGGAUUGCAGAUGUUGAUGAAAUCCAGAAUGGUGACCAUUAUCCUUGCCUGGAUGACUUGGAGGGCUUAGUGGCUGUGGGUCGAGAUCUCCCUGUUGGACUAGAGGAGUUGAAGCAGCUAGAGUUACAGGUGCUUACGGCACACUCCUGGCGGGAAAAGGCUUCCAAGACCUUCCUCAAAAAGAAUUCCUGCUAUACUCUUCUUGAGGUAUUGUGUCCGUGUGCAGAUGCUGGCUCAGACACCAUGAAGCGGAAUCGGUGGAAGGAAAAGGAGCUGGGCUUAUACAAGUCAGAUACAGAACUUUUGGGUCUGUCUGCCCAGGACCUCAGAGAUCCAGGCUCAGUGAUCUUGGCCUUCAAGGAGGGUGAGCUAAAGGAAAAAGAAGGCAUCCUUCAUCUUCGUCAUGCCAACAUGACCAAGCCUUGCCCAUCAUCACUUGUAUCUGAUGAUGUCACAUCCUCACCCUGCUUGUGUGGGCGGGCACCAGUGGGUGAAGGGGCUAUUCAGUGUGACCUCUGCCAGGAUUGGUUCCAUGGGAGAUGUGUGUCAGCCCCUCGACCCAGUGUACCCCGGCCACUGAAUCCUAUCUCCCCAGUUCCCCUAGCAUGGUGGGAGUGGGAUACAAAAUUUUUGUGCCCACUUUGCAUGCGCUCUCGCCGCCCUCGCCUAGAGACUAUUCUGGCCCUUCUGGUGGCCCUGCAGAAAUUACCUGUACGGCUACCUGAGGGUGAGGCGCUACAGUGCCUCACAGAGCGAGCUAUUGGCUGGCAGGGUCGAGCACGCCAGGCCUUGGCCUCCCAUGAUGUAGCAGUGCUACUGGCUCGUCUAACUGAAUUACGACAGUGGCUUCAGCAGCCGACCGGACCUCCACCUGGGGCUCCCUGUGCCCAGCUUUUUACCCCAGUGCCAGCUACACUGAGAGAAAGCAUCAGCAGUGAAUCCAAGUCCCAGGUAUCUUUGGAAAACAGAGAUGGGAGCACAAAGCUCAAGAAAACUGCUGCUGGAGGGUUUUCAGACCUAGAUAUGCUUUUAUCACUGCUGCCACAACUCAAAGGUCCAGUGUUAGAGCUGCCUGAGGCAGCACGAGCUCCAUUGGAGGAGCUGAUGAUAGAGGGUGACCUGCUGGAGGUGACACUGGAUGAGAACCAUAGCAUCUGGCAGUUGUUACAGGCUGGCCGUCCUCCAGAUUUGACACGGCUCCGUACAUUGCUCGAGUUGGAGAAGGCAGAACAGGGUGGAACUCGGAUUCGGGGUCGAACCCUAGAGAAGCGGCACCGUCCGAAGACACAGAAUAGUGGUGAACUCAAGGAUGCAUCAAGGGAACAGCUGGAGCCAAAGAGAACUCGGGCCAGAGUGGCAGUAGGUGAAGAAAUCAUGAAGAAGGAUCAUGAGGAGGACAGAGGCAUGGGACUUCCCAGGGGUGUUGCUGUCUCUUCAGCUAGCCUGACCAAGGAAAGUGAUAGUUCUAGCCAGAGCCAAAACAGUGUAGAGGUGAGGCCAGGGAGCUGGGGGAUUAAGUCAUCUACCUGUCCCUCUGGCAUCUGUUUGCUGCCCUCUUCCCCUUGUCUAUCUCUUUGUUCUUCUAAGCAAGAUUUGUGAUAACGUUGUAACAAGAUGACUGAGCCUCUUAACCCCUUUCUUCACCUUCCUCUUCUUUACCAGAAUGCCCACCUCAGGGCAAGAUGAUAAAACUGGGAAAUAAAGAGGGCUCAGAUAUGUAGGGCUCACAGCCUUCCACGUAUUCAUUUGUCUCUCUGGUCCACCCAAUGUUCAGACCUCAACACCUCAGCAUAAGCCCUGGGAUCUCUUGGAUUCUAUUUUCCUGAAAAGAAAAGGCUCUUCUUUCGACAUUCUGCUUUAGUGUGUUUCUCAUUCUCUUGCUUUGGCAAAGCCAUUACUCUUCCAGAGAUGAAGAGAGAAGUUAUAGCUAGGGGAAAAUACUAGACUGGGCCAGGGGCUAUGCAAAAUUUUGUAAGUGUUCCUCUCCCACAGUGCUCAGUGAGGCUUACACUUAAUUUUCCAUCCUUUUAUUUUUCAUAUUCUAUUCUCUCCACCUAGUGCUGUAUUUAUCUCCCUGUCUCUGUCUUUCUGUCUGUGUCCCAUUUUUCCUCAAAACUCCUAUCUCAUUCACCCCAGAAGGUGUGGGGAAAAGGAAUCCUUUGUUUCAUGACUUUAAAUCACUGGAAGUUCAGUGAUGAAGCAGCCUUGUCAGCUUGUUCUCUCCUGCUCUUAUGUGUUCACCUAGUUCUGGGUUAUUCAUAUUUUUUUACAAGUGAAAAAUACCCAUUGCUGGGAUGUGAUUAAUUUGUUCAAAGAGAGGGUGGUGCCCCGCCACCAAAACACCCCCACAGAAACCCUUUGUUCUUGAGAUUGUCUAUUUUAAUUUAAUUUUAUUAUUUUCUUCAUGUCAGGAAUAAAAGAAAAGGGGUUUGUUUGUU